AUGAAGAAAAAUCUCAAGUUUCAUGACAGUCAUCGUGUUGAAAUUCUUCUGGUAUUCAAUAGCAAGGUAUUGAAUAUGGAAGUCCCACCUGAUGGAGGUUAUGGGUGGGUGGUUGUUGGUGCGAUCUUUUGGAACAAUGCACACCAUUGGGGUCUUGUCUCGAGCUAUGGUGUCUUCCUGGCAUAUUUCUUGUCAAACUCGGAUUUUACAGAAGGUACUAGUCUUGACUAUGCAUUCAUUGGGGGACUAUCCGCCUCGCAGGCACUACUUAUGGCACCGCUCGCGUCUGUUAUCAAUCGGCGGUACGGUCUGAAAGUUGCUAUGGGUCUGGGUGUUAUCCUUGAAACUGCAGCACUGCUGGGAGCGUCGUGGAGCACAAAGAUCUGGCAACUAUAUCUUAGUCAGGGAGUCUGCUUUGGUUGGGGACUGGGUCUUCAAUACGUAUCGACGAUUCCACUCAUUCCGCAGUGGUUUGGGAAACGCAGGAGUCUGGCUGCAGGCUUGGCUGCUGCUGGGAGUGGCACUGGUGGCCUGGUAUAUUCUUUGGGAUCUAAUGCUAUGCUCGAACGAUUCGGUUACGGCUGGACAUACCGCAUCCUCGCUAUGGUGCAGUUCGUUGUGAACUGUGUUUGUUUGCUUCUCAUUCGAGAUCGGAACAAGAUGACUGGAACUAAGACUUCCAAUCUUAAGAUCUCGGACAUUCUCAAGCGAUAUGAGCUGUGGCUGUUUUGGGGUUGGAGCUUCUUCAGUGUUAUGGGCUUCAUGAUUAUCUGGUACUCCUUGGAUGAUUUUGCUCGUAGUCUCGGUCUCAGCUCACAUCAGGGCUCUGUCGUCACGGCGAUUAUGAACUUGGGAACUAUCAUCGGUCGAUCGGGCACAGGCUAUGUCAGUGAUCAUCUCGGGAGAAUGAAUACGGCGUCUUUUGCAACCUUCCUUACGGGUUUGCUGUGCCUUGUUCUUUGGACUUUGGCCAGGUCUUAUGCUGCAACCUUGUGUUUUGCCUUUUUUGGCGGGUUGGUGUUUGGAACAUUCUGGAUGGCCGUGGCUCCGCUCGCAACAGAAGUGGUUGGUCUACGAUACCUGCCGUCUUGUCUGACACUCACAUGGGUUGUUUGUGUGAUUCCUGCCACUUUCGGAGAGGCAAUUGGUCUUGAACUCCGAACCACUGGAGAUCGCGAAUAUCUCCAUGUUCAGUUGUUUGCUGGCUUCAUGUAUAUUGGGGCCUCAAUUUUUGUGUUGAUCCUUCGCGUUUGGAAGAUAUCCUCUCUUCCCGGUUCAUCCAGCGAGCCACAUACAUUGGUAGACUCGAAAGAAACGGUGAUAGUUUCUGUUGAGGCGAGCAACUAUCGAACCACCCUCAAGCGGUGGUUGAAAUUACACAAAGUCUGA